ACCUUGCUAUUGAUAUUAUCCCUGCUACCACUUAUUGAGCACUCCCUAAGUCGAUCAAAACGCAACUGAAAAUUCACCACACCACAUCGCGAGCAACUGGUGUCCUGCUAGACAAUAUGUAUGGGGAUUUAAACUAAGGGAGUAAUUAAUAUUGGCUGGAUUCGGGAUCUCUAAUGUGCUAUCGUGCUAUUGUUAUACUGCUUCUACUUUUGUCUUUGAAAUCGAAUUUUACAGCAAGUGCUCAACAUGUACCCAAUACGCGCAUUUCGCUCAACUCAGUACAGGGUUGGGGAGUUAAGCUUGGAACUGAAUUAUAUCAUUUUGGAGAGUUUAUUACGCGAAAGAAGGAGGUUGAGGACAGUUGGAAGUCAGCCCAGAUAGAGUCCCGGGAUGGCGAAAAGUUGGUGCAGAGUAUGGCGGACGAUAUAAGGGCUAUGAUGGAAUUGAAAAUCAGCGCAGUGAAAAGAAUCGUGGAAGCCGCUGAAAAUAUGGCUUUCGAUAAACAAAACGAACCGGUACCUGAAGAUUUUCAAUUCUAUAAUAGCAAGGAGAUGGAAGACCUAUAUGAUGACUCCAUUACUACUACACCGGAGCCCGAUUUUAACAUGGAGAAUUGGAUCGUCCGCCCGCCAUCGAAGAAUGCACACCUACAACAAAAUGCACAUUUUUCCAACAUACCAGUGAAUACAAAUUUGAGCAGCGUUCAUGUGCCAACUAAUGUUUAUGCUUGGGCUCCGGAGGUAAUAAAAGGAAUUCAUUGGUCUGAAGGGUUGGAUACACAUUUCAUAAAUAAUUAUCAAAGUGAUCCUACGCUUUCAUGGCAAUAUUUCGGCAGUUCCACUGGUUUCAUGAGGCAUUAUCCAGCAAUGAAAUGGCGAGCAGACCCAGUUGAUAUAUACGACUGCCGCACAAGAGCUUGGUACAUGGAAGCUGCAGCAAGUCCGAAAGAUGUAAUCGUAUUAGUCGACCGGAGCGGUUCUAUGACUGGUCAAAGGCGAGACAUAGCUAAGCACGUGGUCACUAAUAUACUUGAUACUCUCGGAAACAAUGAUUUUGUUAACGUUAUGACCUUCGCCGAUACUGUUGAGGAAAUUGUACCUUGCUUUGAGGACUCCUUGGUUCAAGCGACAUUAGGAAAUAUUCGGGAGCUAAAAUUGGCAUUGGAAAAUUUCGAGACCAUGGAAAUAGCUAACUUUUCAGCAGCACUAACCAGAGCAUUUGAUCUCCUCGAAAUAUAUAGAAACAAUAGUGGUGGCGCUAAUUGCAAUCAGGCAAUUAUGUUAGUAACGGAUGGAGUCCCAUAUAAUUACAAAGAGCUAUUCGAGAAGUACAACUGGAAGUACGACACCCCGGUGAGGGUGUUCACGUACCUGAUAGGUCGCGAGGUAAAGGUGGCAGAUGUGAGGGAGGUAAAGUGGAUGGCCUGCGCAAACAGGGGCUACUAUGUGCACCUCAGUACUUUGGCUGAGGUGCGGGAACGAGUGCUAGAACAUGUGAACGUGCUAGCUCGACCACUUGUGCUGCAACGAGAAAAACACCCCGUCGUAUGGACCCCUGUUUAUGCAAAUGUUACGGAUCCAAAAGUAGCUGAUUACUUAUGGGAGCAGAGAGAACGAGCGGAGCAGAAGGAACGCUUCAUGAGUCAACGGCGAGAUAAAGUUCUCUUUAAUUCAGAGAAAGAACAAAAUCGACGCUGGAAAAUCACUCAGAUGAAACAAGGUCAAUAUAGUGAGCUUGGUAAUUCUCAAUAUCAGCUUAUGACGUCAGUGUCCAUGCCUGUUUACGAUCUUCGACAUAACGAGAACAUCACAGAGAAUGUACUGAUAAAUGAAGCUUACUGGGUAUCAGUUACAAAAGAGUCUGUAGAGGAAAACGGCCAGAAAGAGAUGCGAAUUGCUAGACUGCUAGGAGUGGCAGGGACAGACGUACCAUUGUCCGAGAUACAGGCUCUUAUGACACCAUAUAAGAUUGGAGUAAACGGUUAUGCUUUUAUGGUCACCAACAACGGUUAUAUUUUGAUACAUCCAGAUUUGAGACCUGUGUUUCAACAAAUUCUAAAGCCAAGCUACAACAGUGUGGACAUGAUCGAAGUUGAAUUGUUUGAUGAUGAUAGGAGCCCUCGAAACUUUAGCAAAGAAUUAACUGCCUUGCGGCAAGAAAUAAUCGAUCAGAAAACGGGCAAUAAAAUAAUGAGUGUAAAAUACCAUAUGGAUGACAUGAAAAGAGUAUCCCGCGGUAAGAAGCACUACUUCUGGACCGGCAUCAGUGACUCCCCGUUCACUCUGGUGGUCACUAUACCGGAGAACUAUGGCCGACAUCGUAUAACUCCACCGCCCACUGACGACAUUCAUCGAUUGUCACUAACCUCUUCUAAGAAUAUAUCUGCAAAACAAUAUCUGUCGGAUAAAUGGAGUGUGCAUCCUGACUGGCUGUACUGUCGUCAUUAUGAGCGUACAUUUUCGUCGCCCGAAGAAGAAUUGCUAUACUUCUUGGAGCGCGUGGCCAAGCCUGGCUGGCGGUGGCCGGCCAAGCCCCGCCCGCCAGAACACCACAAAAAUAAACCCGGCCAUGACAGGCACAAUGGCUCUGUAGAUGGCGAAAGGAACAAAGCUGCUCAAAGGAAUGAAUAUUAUUGCGACCAUGGAUUAAUGCAAGCUCUGGUGUACGACGCGCGAAAUACAGCCUGGUUCAAUAAAAGCAUAGCAGAAUCAGCAUCGGAUGAGAAAGCGGCUGAAUUCAUUCAACGUUUCGGCUACAUCGUUGCUUUUCUGGCAACACACAGCGGAUUGACAAGAUGGCAAACUCACCCCCCAAAAGAACAUGAUGAAAAGGUGGAAUUUGGAAAACAGUGGCCCCACGCAAUCGACGAAGUCUGGUACCGCAGAGCAGUAGAGCAACACUACAUCGACCCACUUAGCUACGUCUAUAGCGUUGAAAUGAACACGGAAAAAUUCCCCCUUAACGUCAGCCUGGCGAUGGUGACGGCUUCGCAUGCAGUGUUCCACACUGACGGACAUAGGAAGGCACCAGCGGCGGUUGUUGGCUUUCAGUUCAAACAUGAACGAUUGACUGAAUGGUUUACAAAUAUCACAUCUUCUUGUGAACAUACCAAAGAAUGUGUCACGUGUGCUUCAGACGACUGGGAUUGUUACUUAGUCGACAGCAACGGCUGGAUCGUUGUCAGCAAAGAUGAAACACAGACCGGACAAUUCUUUGGAAAGAUUCGACCAGAUAUUAUGUUGAGACUGGUGGAGGACGAAGUGUUUAGGACGGUUCAUGUAAUUGAUUACCAGGCGGUCUGCUUCAGGGAGAAGAAAAUCACCAAUCCAGCUUCUACGAUACGAACGCCAAUACAAAACCUGCGUCUCAUUAUGUCCUGGUUCGUCACAACGUCAAUCUGGUUGUAUAACUCAAUUUCAUUGAGUGUCGCGCAAUCGAGUUAUUCCUUCGAUGAUGAGUUUGUUACAUCCACUGUGGCAUAUCAAAACUACGAGAAUGACGAAGACACAGACGAUCCGUCGAUGCCAAAGCCGCCAACGCGAAUCCACGAAAGGGAUUUUGAAAAACUAGUCCUCAUUAAUAGAACCCGGCCUACGCCUUGUGACCGAGAAAUGUAUUUGUAUCAGAUGGAUUAUAAGAAUUUGGAUGCGAAACUGAACAAGCCGUUAAAUGAAUGUAUGCGGCCAUUUUAUGCUCAGUUAGUCAACUAUACAAACAUGCUGCUGGUGGUUGUAGAUGGAAUGUGCGCCAAGAAAGAUGUGUCGAUAGCAUCUAUAGAUCCUACAGAGGUGCAAUACAAUGAGUCGUUGCCUUGCUUAAAACAUAAGCAUCCCUUAUAUAGAAAGACCCCAGCAUCGUGUAUCCGUAAUCAUACAGAGGAAAGCAACAUAGACAUGUGUGGUCGUGGCAGCCUAAUCAAUCGGAACAUGUUGUGGAUACCCCUUAGCAUACUCAUUCUCUGGAUAUAAGCAUUUUAAAUCAAUGUGAAAUGAUAAUAAAUGUCAUAGUUGUUUUAAAUCCUAUUCUACAAUCAAGCUUUGUGUAAUCUUAGACAUGUCUUUUAACAUAUCAAUGUUUUUGUGUGUCACUCCAAAGAGGUUUUAAAUAUACUCCCAAGGUGCCAUCCAUAUGUUGGCAUUCUCAUAUCAGUUAAUAUAUUAUUUAUUAUGUGUUUUAGGAAAUUUAUUAUGUAACAGAGUAAUUAUUUAUUCCCUAACAGUAAGAGAUUAUAAAUGAUGUUAUGUCAAAUUAUUUAUUUAUUUUAUAAACAUAUUCCGUCCUUGUGACAAAUGAUCACAAUCUAGGAUGGAAUUAUUACAAUAUUCUGCGAUCAGUUGUACUUCAUAUCAGAUUUUAAUGAUAAAUUAUUGUCUUUAAUUAAGAUACUUUUAAAUUUUAAAUAAUAAAUAUUGUUCUGUACAAAUAAAAUAUAUUUAU